CAUCUAGGACAGAGACCACACGGAUGAGGGAAGCUCCUGUUUGUCUUUCUCUUUCACUCCCUCUCCCCCACCUCCUCCCUCCCAUUUCUAAUCCAAAUUUCUCUAGCAUGAGUUUGAGGUGCGGUUUGUAUAUUCUUUUGUGCAAGAAAUCUGAGCAAGGGCAAGAGGUACUGAACUCGAAAAGGCAAUCUCAUGACUGGUAGCUUGUGGAAAUCCCAAAGAUGGCCAAAGACGAUUCCACUGUUCGUUGCUUCCAGGGCCUGUUGAUUUUUGGACAUGUGAUUGUUGGUAUGUGUGGCAUCGCCCUGACAGCAGAGUGUAUCUUCUUUGUAUCUGACCAACACAGUCUUUACCCACUUCUUGAAGCCACCAACAAUGAUGAUAUCUUUGGGGCAGCUUGGAUAGGCAUGUUCGUGGGCAUCUGCCUCUUCUGCUUGUCCGUUCUAGCCAUAGUAGGAAUUAUGAAGUCCAACAGGAAAAUCCUCUUGGCGUACUUCAUCAUGAUGUUCAUAGUUUACGGCUUUGAAGUGGCAUCUUGUAUCACAGCAGCGACGCAACGAGACUUUUUCACAACCAACCUCUUCCUGAAGCAGAUGCUGGAGAGGUAUCAAAAUAACAGCCCCCCAACCAAUGAUGACCAAUGGAAGAACAACGGUGUCACCAAGACCUGGGACAGGCUCAUGCUCCAGGACCACUGCUGUGGCGUAAAUGGGCCGUCCGACUGGCAGAAAUAUACCUCCGCCUUCCGGGUGGAGAAUAACGAUGCUGAUUACCCCUGGCCUAGGCAGUGCUGCGUCAUGAACAAACUUAAAGAGCCUCUCAACCUAGAUGCCUGCAAACUCGGAGUGCCUGGUUACUACCACAGUCAGGGCUGCUAUGAACUGAUCUCUGGACCAAUGGAUCGGCAUGCCUGGGGAGUUGCCUGGUUUGGAUUUGCCAUCCUUUGCUGGACUUUUUGGGUUCUCCUGGGAACCAUGUUCUACUGGAGCAGAAUUGAAUAUUAAGCACACAGUGUCUCCGCCAUACCUCCCUCCCCUGGUGACUUUGAAUUUGGUGCUGGAACCUGCUGUUUCAUCACUCGCCCUCUGUGUGCUCCGCCACGACAUAUGCUUGUCUCUCUCAAAUGCCAGUUCGGGUGGAAUGGGCUUCCUUCAGGCUCUCAAGAUGCUGCAGUUCUUAGCAGAAGAUUCCACAACAUAUUUAAUAAGACAGUGUGUUAUAUAUGCACUCUGUGCACUUCUAUGCACUAUGUCUAGUGUAGUACUUACAUGUACAUUAUAAGACAGAAAAUUUGGAGUGGAGGUGACUCUCAUCCCUGUUUAUGUUUAAUGUGGGAGCACAAUGAUAUUCAAAGGAACCUGCCUCACCAUUGUAAGCUCUAUCUGUAUUGAGUAGCAAAUUCAAGAAACAGAACACCUGGCUCUCUAUUUUCUUUAACCUUGCAAGACUUUUGUUUGUCACUGUGUAGGCUGGAGGAGGGGAGGUGCACAAUGAAAAAGAGGGAAACUGCAAAGCUGUGCCUUCUGCCUCUGGUUCUGCUGGCUUCUAUCUGUACCAAUAGUGAUCCUGACAUCUUUGGAUGCUUUUAUUCUCCAGGACAACCCUCGAUUUUCAUUUAACAAAGUGUUCAGCUUCCUCGCAUGCCCUGUGAAGUGACAUGCAGUUAGCAACCCCACUCUCUGUUCAUUGAGAAUAUGUAAACUGGGGGCAUCGACCGUGCCCAUUUUACACCAGCUCAGUCUUUGCACUCAAAGGUUUCAACCUGAAACACUUCCAAGCCAGCUCUUCGAACAGGUGAUUUAUGGGGACUUUUGUUUGCUGUCAAAAUAGUUUGCUCACAUUAACGAUCCCGAAGAAAGUCCUGACAAGUCACCAUUUGUUUGCUUAUCCAUAAAUAAAGAAGCCCAUAAAAUACG